UUUUAAAUAGCAUGCUUUUAUGAAUUCCAAUAGAACGGCACAGUGUGAUAUAAUAAUCAUAUUAUAUUGAAUGUUAUAAAUAUUCUAUAAAUAAAUUCUAUAAUUGAAGAUGAAAAUGCACGAUGAAAAUUCCGGGCCUAAAUUUACUGCCAUGAAAAGGGGUGAACAAAUUAAAAGAUGGGAAGAUUCAGACAUUAACAAAGAGUCAUCCCAAAGCCGGCAAGCAAAUAAAAUAAGGUUUUUAGAUUCCACAAUAUUCUUAGCAGCUUGCUCAGCAGGAGAUGUAGAAGAAGUUAAAAAAUUACUUAAACGAGGAGUUGACAUAAAUACACCUAACAUUGAUGGCUUAACUGCUUUGCAUCAGGCUUGCAUAGAUGAUAAUAUACUUAUGGUAGAAUUCCUAAUCAAACAUGGCGCAAACAUUAACCAAGGUGACAAUGAGGGCUGGACACCACUGCACGCUGCAUCUUCGUGUGGCUUUUUGGAAAUAGUACAAUAUUUGGUAAAAUGCGGGGCCAAUAUCGCAGCUGUUAAUAGCGACGGGGAGUUACCUAUCGAUAUAACUGAAUCCCUCGAAAUCGAAAAAUUUUUACAAUCCGAAAUCGACAGGAAAGGCAUAGUGAUGAACGAAGCCCGUAACGAGGAGAUUAACAAAAUGACUCGAGACGCUAAACUUUGGAUCAGGACCAACGUUAUAAGAGACCGCCCUCACCCCAAGACCGGGGCCACUGCACUUCACGUGGCUUCCGCCAAGGGCUAUACCAGCGUUAUCGAAUUGCUCUUGGAAGCCGGCGUCAAUAUAGACGCUCGCGAUUACGACGGAUGGACUCCUCUUCAUGCGGCCUGUCAUUGGAAUCAAAAGGAGGCUGUUAGAACGUUGUUAAACCACGGGGCAGAUCCCGGGCUCAAAGAUAAUUCUUCCUUAAUACCUGCUGAAGUCGGUGACAACGCUAUGGCUCGUUACAUGGACGAUAUCAAAAAUGAAAACAAACUAUGCAAAGAAAAAAUGACAACAAUUUUAGCACCCACGAAAACGACCGUCAAUAUUACUCACAAUAUUCCCAUUAAAAGCAAACAAGCGCAACCCCUCGGUGCCGAGAGCGAAACUCAUUCCACAACCGUGUCUCGGAUGAGCGGAGUCGAAAAACUUCGAUUGAAUACCGAAGAUCACGCUAGCGAACGUAACAUAAAUCUAUCGGGCGGAGCCAACAAUAAGAAAUUUAAAGCGGAAGUACCUCACGAAGAGGAAACAGCUUCUUCCUCGUCAGCAUCUUCGUCAUCCUUAACUACCUCAUCGUCAUCAAUCGAGUCUGGAAAAAUAGCGGCGGGCGUCAAGAAAUUAAGCCAAACAAAUAUCGCGGCAAAAGACGUAGAAAAACCCGAAGUGGCGAAGGUUAAAUACAGCAUAACUGCUAAAACUACACCACAACCCACUGUACACGCCACGGAAGAAAAAAUUACAAUUACGAAGCCUAAAAUGCUCACCACCAUCAACAAAAAAGAAAUCGGCAAACCUAUCGCCAAUAAAGAAACAUCGGAUUCAGGCUCAGAAUCUGAGGAUUCUAGUGAGGCCUCUACUUCCAACACCAGCUCUACGUCCUCGUCCCACCAUUCCGACGACCACCUCAAAAAGGGAGAAAAUAAGCUGAACAAUGCAGUAAAAUUAGCGGAUAGUAGGAUUGGAGUGGGAAAUACUAAGGAGAAAUCAACCGUAACCUUUACAGGAACAAGCCCUGUAACUCAGCACCAAAAACCAAGCUCAUUUGUAACUCCUCUACAGACUCCGGCCAACACCGUCAAACCUCAACAACAUACAUUUACUCCUAUGAACACCCGACUUUCUAUAUCUUCGUCUAGUAGUAGUAGCUCGUCUACUCACAACAACACAAUGUUAGGCGGAUUACUCACCAAGUAUUCCCAACCUUCCAUUAUUCCUAAUAUGGGCAAUCAAAACCCGAACAAAAGGACUUUGUACAGAUUCGUGGGCGAUGACAACAGUCCCAAUCAAAGCGAAAGCACUAUAAAUUCGUUUAAGCGUAGCAAUCUAGUAUUGAAUAAAGGCUUCACCACGAAUAAUAAUAAUUCGACGCAAUGCAACAACGGUGACGAGAGCUCUAGCCCUUCAAGCCCCGAAAAGGCAUUUAAGUUCUCGUUUCCGUCCCGCCAAACACUACCCUUCUCCGGAUUUAAACACUCUAACAAUGGAAUAAUAGAAGGAGAAAAACCGUUGAAUGGUCAUCUUACUGAUCAAUUUAGGACGAAUGUCCUAGACGUUGGCCACCGCCCCCUUAACAGACCUACUUCUCUGAACCUCGUUAAAGAAGACAUUACCAUUAAUGAUAAUAAUAUCGGUGGUAAUAUUAAUACUGAUAAUCUCAACAAUCUUAAUUCCAGCGUAAGCCCCAAACUACUCGCGAAAACCUUUUAUUUUCCCGACAUCGCCAAUCCCAAAAACCCUUCCCAUAAUCCUAAUUCUUUGGACUCUAAUAGAUCAAACGAGCCAAAUGAUUCUCUAAACUCUCAAUCCCAAUACCUCACAAUUUCUUGCGUCUCGCCCACUUCCCCCAAUAAUAAUAGCACGGUCUCCCAUUUCACUGCCUUGCUCAAGAAAUAUCAACAAAAUUGCCACACAAAUCCUCUAGGUAGUGUCGGCAACCAACUUAACAAUAAAAUGGUCAACGUUAUCCCAUGUAACACCAAUGGUAAUGCCAAUCAACAAUCCACCAUCUUUAAUGGUUCCAACCUUAACUCCGGUGGAACAUUAUCGAAUAACGGAGAUAGCGUUCAAUUGAAUCAAAUCAUCAACAAACUCAAUCCUCAUUACUAUUUCCCGUUUUAUGCUUUGCCCCAUGGCGACAGGAGAACACCAUCUUCAGCUAACAUAGGUCUACAGCAAUCGUCAUUGGCUUCGUCAGCAUCUUCGGUCCUUUCCGACCAGGUUUCUUCUCAGAGAGAGGUUGCCUCCGAGGCUCAAAGAAAGGCUAGAUCUAAACGGGCCCGAGAAUCUAGAAGAUCUACCCAAGGUGUCAGUGCCGAAGAUAUUAAAGCAGCCGAAAAGCAGUUAGAAGAAAUCGAUAUAAGAUCGAAUUCUCCCGGUAACGAAAAACAAAUUACAACCUCGAAAAUAACCAAAGACGAACCUUCACAAAAACUUCCGACUUCUUCCUCCUCCUCGAUAUUAAACAUCGCUCAAAAAAUGGAAGAAAAAACUGCCAGAGUAUUUCCCUUACUCAAAAACAAUGAAAGCAAUAUUAGCAACGACACCAAUACGAGCAGUAGUCAAAGUAAUGGUGGAUCCAAUAGUUCUACGAACAGAAGGCCCGUUAAAGAUUACGAGGAAAGACGAAAAAUUUUGGAGGAGCAAAGGCAGAAGGCUCUCGAGGAACGCAAAGCUGGAACAACGGCUAACAAAAUGGAAUUAUCUGGUAAGCCUCCUCAAGUCUUCCCCACCAAUGCAACCUCCAAUAGUAUUCCUCCUACCCUUGAAAGCAAACGUCACCUUAGGGAAAAGAGAAGGAGUACCGGCAUAUGUAGCUUUAACGUCGAAAAACAAUCCGAUCAACUGCCCGGAGAUAAUUCUAGGGACACCAAAGUGCAUGAGGAUUAUUCUAAAGAAGAGACAAAUCCAGCAAAUUAUGAAGAAUCUCAUUCCGCCAAUUAUCAUUCGCGUAAUCGCGUAGUUUCUUCGACCACGGCCAAAACAUCUACCGCUUCAAAUAUUAACGAUAAUACUGCGACCAUUGAUUACAAAAAGUUAUACGAUGAAACGAGGCUAGAAAACGUUAAACUUAAAUCGAAAAUAAAGGAUUUAGAAAAAGAGCUGCAAACCUCCAAGGGUGAUCGUAAAAUUUUGGCUGAAAUCAAACCAUCGAGUGAUUAUAACAGUGACAAUUCUUCUCAGUCUACCCUCUCGCGAAAAGAAAAACGAAAUUUGGAAAUCAAGAUUAGCGAACUGGAAGAAGAACUCAAGAAAAUGGAAUCGUUGAAAGAAGUAAAUCAAAGACUUAAACACGAAAACGGCGCUCUUAUCAGAGUGAUUAGCAAAUUAUCUAAAUGAUUCGUGCACCAUUUGAAAAAAAAAAUGAUAUCAUAAAUUACCACCACCUAAACCCCGACGUCGCAAUCAAUAUUAUAAUAAAUAAAACCAAAGAAAUUUUUUUUUGAAGAUAUUUAUAAACUUACUUAUUGCAAAUAUAUUAUAUAAUAUAUAUAUCAAGAAAAUCUCUUUUUUUAAUCUAUCUAUAGCCCGGCUUCGCAUUCGUUUUAUCACUAUGCGAUAAUUGUACAUAUUAUUUCGGGUUUAAAGUACGAACUCGCAUAUUUUUUUUUUUAAAAUAUUUUAAUUUAUACAAAUUUAUUUUCUUUUUGGAUAGUUUUUUUUUACCCCUUGAAAAAUAAUAUAUUCUAAUAAAUGUUUGAUAUAAUAUAAUGAUUACCUUUAUCGGUAUACUAUAUUUAUAAUGUCAUCAUUUCUUUCUUUUUUUUAAAAAAAAAACU